AUGUCGCAAUCACAACCACAAAUUCUGGAAGUUGGCGAUGAGUUUUUAACAGCAGAAAACUUCAAGGAAGUGGCACAACAAGGUGCUAAGGCAGCGGGUUUUGCCUUUAGCGUUUCAUCAUCAAAAAUAUCAGGUGGUGGAAAAGGUGGCCACACCCCUUUCAUAACUUUGCAAUGUACAAUAGGAGGUACCUACAGAAAUAACCAUAAAAUUAAUGAAGAGACCCGAAAAAGAAAAAAACUCUCAAAGCGUCAAAAUUGUCCUGUUGUUUUACGAGCUGCUUUAAAUGAAAACACUAGAACUUGGGUAGUAACGUCUUCCAAAAGUGUGCAUAAUCAUGAACUACUUAUUCCAUCUCAAAUCCAUUGUCUUCCCCAACAUCGGCACCUCAAUACAGAGCAAAAAGAGUUGGUUCAUAUAAUGCUUAAAAGUGGGGCAUCAACUCGAUCAAUUGCUGAUGCGAUAUACUGGAAACAAAGUACUGUAUAUACAAAAGAUAUAAUUAAUGAAUGUGACCGAAUAAAAAAUGCUCUAAAUGAGGGCACAAAUUAUGACACUACAAUGCGCCUUAUAAAAAUGUUAGAGAAACGUCAAUAUAUACUUUGUCAUCUAUUAACAAAAGAUGGCCAUAUGUUAAACUUAUUUUUCACACAUAUUGAAGCUGCACGUCAAGUAGCUAUAUGUCCAGAGGUGCUUAUAAUCGAUACAAUAUAUAAAACGAACUUAUAUAAGUUACCUCUCAUCAAUGCAGUUGGUAUAAGUAAUAUCGAAGUAUUUGGUUUAGACAGGGCUUUGGCCCUUAGAAAAGCAGCAGACAAGAAAGUUGCCCAUGCUGAAGAAACGAAUAAAGUUGAAAAAGCAUUUAAAGAAGUUAGUCAAGCGACAAUGAAAAUUAGGGACCCUGAAUAUAUUCAAAAUUAUCUUGAAGAAUGGAAAAAAGAUGCAGAGUGUUGGAUGCAUAGAGCAGAAAGAAGUCACAGCGCUCUAAAAAAGGCAAUAGAAGCGUCAAGUGGUUUGGAGCAAGUAUUUUUACAUAUUGAUCAUGCCUUUCAUCAACACCAACUACAAACGAAUGGAGCCCUAGGCUCGAACAUUGCGAUUGAUAGAAUCAAAAAAGAAGUAUGUGAAAUUGAUGAGAAUAAGAAUAUGAAUAAUAGCCCUUGUAAUUGUAGCUUGAGAUUGAAUUAUAAAUUACCAUGUCAUCACAUUAUUCCACCAACAGGACCUGUUCUACUUACCCUCGUACAUAAACGCUGGCAUCUAAAACAUGAUUCAGUACCUUCGAUACCAUUAUCAUUGUCAAUUGACAUGACUAUUAGUAAAGUUCUUUACAAGCUCGAAGAAAAAUAUAAACAUCUCAAUGAUAGUGGGUCAAAAGCCACGUUCUUGCAUAAGCUUGAAGCACUAGUCACUGAAGAAAUUCCAGUCCCAAAGGCACCAUUACAUAAUACAAAACUUGUAGAAGUUCUACAACAGUCACAACAACCCUUAUUUUACGAUCAGAUACCUAUUUUUAUACAUGAAUAUAUAAAAAAAGUGGUUAAUAUAGAUGGAGAUGGAAAUUGUAAGUACAGAGCAGUGGCCGUGGGUUUAGAAAGAAAUGAAAAUGAAUGGCCAAAUAUAAGAAAGAAAUUGUUUGAAGAAUUAAAUAAAAAUGGGCCUUUUUACUGA